ACCAUAUCAGGCAAGUACUAAACUUUUUUCUUCAACGAGCCGAUUAAUCAGAUCUAAGAAAAAGAAAGAACGGAACUAUGAAGACAAAUACUAGAAUCUUUCAAUGUAUUGUAGCGUCUGUCCUUACUCUGCUCAUCAAUGAUUCAUCAGCAGCAACACCUCCACCUUCAACUAACAACUCUUCAACGUCUUGUAACAAAACCUGUGGAGGCAUCUCGAUCCCGUUCCCAUUCGGAAUCGGCGGGAAGAAUUGUUAUCUCAACGGCUGGUACGAGGUUAUCUGCAACCCAACCACUUCCGACUCUAACAAAACUGUUCCUUUCCUCUCUAUGAUCAACCGUGAAGUGGUGAACAUCUCUCUUCCAGACAGCGACGAGCCUUACGGACUAGUUCAAAUCAAAGGUCCUGUUACAUCGAUGGGUUGUCAAGGACCCCAAAACUCGCUCCCGGGUUUGAAUCUCACAGGCAAGGGCAGCCCAUAUUUCCUCACCGACGAGAACCGCCUUGUGGCUGUUGGUUGCGGUACAAAGGCGUUGAUGACGGAUAUAGAGUCAGAGAUAUUAGGUUGUGAAUCAAGCUGCGAAGACAGUAAGAGUGGUGAACAAGUAACAAACUCGAUCUGUACUGGUUACAAAUGCUGCCAGGCGAGGUUACCGGUUGAGCGUCCUCAGGUUAUAACCGUCGUUAUAGAGAAAAACUCCAGUGGAGAAGAAGAGAGGUGCAAAGUUGCGUUCUUGACGAACAAGAGGUAUUCACCGUCGAACGUUACGGAGCCAGAACAGUUUCAUAGCAAUGGAAACGUGGUGGUAGAAUUAGGAUGGUACUUUGCCACUUCGGACUCUCGUUUUAAAAGCCUCUUGGGUUGCGCAAAUAUGAGCCGCAAAGGCUCUGGCUCCUCGGAUGAUAAUUGCAGUUGUGAGUAUAAUUACUUCUCCGGGAUGAGUUAUAGGAAUUGCUAUUGCGACUGGGGCUAUGCAGGGAACCCAUACCUUCGAGGUGGCUGCAAAGAUACUGAUUCAUGCGAAGGACAUACCUGUGGGGAAGAUGCUGUUUGUGUUAACAUGCCUGGACCGAUGUCCAUGUGCCAGCCUAAGCCCAAGAUAACCAAGCGUGCCAAUCCCCCGGUGGUUCAAGGCAUUGUUAUAGGUUUAUCUGGAUUAUUUUUAUUUGUUGGGUUAUUCUGGCUGUUUAAAUUCGUUAAGAAGAGAAGAAGGAUCAUCCAAAGCAAGAAGUUCUUCAAACGAAAUGGAGGCUUGCUGCUGAAUCAACAAAUAAAUACUACACAGGAUGGAAAUGUAGAGAUGUCAAAGGUAUUUAGUUCAAAAGAGUUGAAAAAAGCCACUGAUAACUUUAGUGUGAACAGAGUGCUUGGGCAAGGCGGUCAAGGCACUGUGUACAAGGGAAUGCUAGUAGAUGGAAGGAUUGUUGCGGUUAAAAGAUCAAAAGUUGUGGAUGAAGACAAGUUGGAAGAGUUUAUCAAUGAGGUCGUUCUUCUCUCACAAAUGAAUCACCGCAACAUAGUGAAACUCUUGGGAUGUUGCUUGGAAACGGAAGUUCCAAUCUUAGUAUACGAGUAUAUCCCCAAUGGAGACUUGUACAAACGGCUUCAUGAUGAAUUUGAUGAUUACACGAUGACUUGGGAAGUACGGCUUCGCAUAGCCAUAGAGACGGCAGGAGCUCUUACAUACAUGCACUCAGCUGCAUCUUUCCCAAUAUUCCACAGAGAUGUCAAGACUACUAAUAUACUACUGGAUGAGAAAUACAGAGCAAAGGUGUCUGAUUUCGGAACUUCAAGAUCCAUAACUAUUGAUCAAACUCACUUGACAACAUUAGUUGCGGGAACAUUUGGUUACAUGGAUCCAGAGUACUUCAUGUCGAGCCAAUACACUCACAAAAGCGAUGUUUAUAGUUUUGGGGUUGUGUUGGUGGAGCUAAUAACGGGAGAAAAACCAAUGUCACGUGUCCGGUCUGAAGAAGGCAGAGGUUUGGCAAGUGAUUUCCUCGAGGCAAUGAAAGAGAACAGAGCUGUUGACAUAAUUGAUAUUAGGAUCAAAGACGAAAGCAAGCUGGAUCAAAUAAUGGCGGUAGCAAAACUCGCCCGAAAAUGUCUUAACCGGAAAGGGAAGAAACGGCCAAACAUGAGAGAGGUUUCAAUAGAGCUAGAGAGGAUCCGUUCAUCGCCCGAAGAUAUAGAUGUCCACACGGAAAUAAUCGAAGACGAAGAGGAGGAUCAACUCUUGGAAAUCAACGUAAAAGAUGAUUCUUGAACUGCCUAUGUAAGACUUUGCUGGAACAUAUAUGUAUAUUUUGAAAACUAGUGUUCAAUCCGUUUGCUAGUAGGAUUUAUAUAUAUAAAGCAUGUUUAUAAGUG